UCCGCUUUGCCACUUCCUUGUUUUUAUAUCAGCUGUGAAAUUAAAUUUCCGCGCGAAAUAAGCAAAUCAAAACAGAAAUGUCACAGUUGGGGUGUCCUCUUGGUGGCAGAAUCAUAGUAGGUUACAUUUUACCCGAAAAGAAGGUUAAUAAGGCCGAAAAUGACGAUUCUGAUUGGGAAGAUGACGACGAGGAGGAAGAAGCACAGCCGGAGUUUCUGGAUAUGAAAGAGAUGGACAGCGUUAGUUCUGGAGGACAUAUGUUUGAUUCCUCCGUACCGUCCCGAAACGAAGUUGAUUUCCUGGACACUGCGUCUGGUGAGAGAUGCAGAGUAAUGGGCCGGUUCAGUCUGAAGGACCCAUGGUGGGAGGCUACCUGCACAGCCCGUGCAGCCAGGGGCAAGCUGGUGCUGCAGGGCUACCCUGCCUACCGCCUUCGCUCAGACCUCCAGGUGGACCAGGGUCGCUCCAUCCUGUCUCUGUUCCUCACAGCCUGUGGCGUGGAUCCACAGUUCGUCACCCCGUUCUUUGAUUGGCUGCCGAUAGGAAGGAAGGUGGAGUUUGCUAACUUGCAGGAAGUUCUGUCUGAGUUUGAGGAAGGAGAGCAGCACAGAGCUUUGGCACAGCAGAUUAAAGCCUUGGUCUCUGUUUCAGUUGCAGGGAUGCGCGUCACGGCUGCCUCUCUGUACCCCAAUGUGAUGAGAUACCUGCCUACCCUACUGCCAGGGCGCUUCACAGAGCUACUGGGCCGGGGAAAGAAAAGCCAGAAACGUCCUGCUGCACAGGGUGCUACACAUGUCACACAGAUAGAGGAGGAAGAGGAGGAGGAGGAAGAGGAGGAUCUCAGCUUGCUGGCCAAAAUAGAGGAGAUUAUCAAGACUGACGUCUGGAAGCUGGGCUUUAACUAUGUUAUGAACAAGGAGUUGAGGGUUGUCCGUCUCGAGGCUCAGCUGAGAUCCUUUCAUGAGUGUAAACUCUUCCAAGAGAUCCCUCUGGAGCAGCGUAUCGCUCUGCGAGUCUACGACGCUCUGAAGAAGCACUGCCACAGGACGGGCAGUACCUACAUGGAGCUCCCCAACCUGUGUGACGAGGUCAGGAGAGGGUGUAGCUCCGUGGUGGAGUUUGAGGUGUGGGAUGCAGUCCACUUCCUCAAAGAGCUGGGUGUAGUGGUACGGGAGCGCCAGAAGGUGGCUCUGCAGAACCUGCAUUCUUAUGAGACUGGGAUAGCUGAGUGUCUACGCUGUCUGAUGCAGGGAGAGCCCUGGGUUAUACCUCUGGAUGUCACAGAGGUGCUGACUGCUUCGGCACUGGAGAGGCUGAGGAAGAAGGGAGGAGAUGGAGGGAGUAGGGAGGGUCAAGGUGAAGUGGACUCUGACGCAGAGCAGAAGGCUAAUGAGCUGAAUGAAAGGUGUGAUAUGGAUGGCAGCGCUGCAGAGACGGCUAAAUGCCCUACAGUAGAUUUAGACCCGGACCAGGGCCCCCCUACAGUAGAUUUAGACCCGGACCAGGGCCCCCCUACAGUAGAUUUAGACCCGGACCAGGGCCCCCCUACAGUAGAUUUAGACCCGGACCAGGGCCCCCCUACAGUAGAUUUAGACCCAGACCAGGUACGUGCAGCAGAGAUGAUCUGUUCCAAUCCGGUGACGGUGAUCAGCGGUAAGGGAGGCUGUGGUAAGACCACGGUGGUGAGUCUGGUGUUCAAGGCAGCCAUGCAGCAGAGCCCAGAGGAGGAGGUCAGGAAGGUAUGCUGGGACUUUGAGAAUGACUCCGUGGGGUCCGAGGCGUGGGAGGAAGAAGCCCUGUCGCCCAGGCUCCUCUCUCAGUUAGAGGGGGAGGUAAAGGACGAGAGGAAGAAGUCGUCGUGUGUUUUACAGGGAGAGGACGAGGUGUUACUAACAGCACCCACAGGGAGAGCUGCGUCUCUGCUCACCAAGAGGACCUGCUUCAAGGCCUACACCCUGCAUCAGGUUCAUUGGAGUUUCAUGCAGGCCAAGAAGGACCCCAACGAGGCUCCUAAGGAGUGGAAGUUUGCGUGUGUGCGUGUGUUGGUGGUGGACGAGGGCAGUCUGGUGUGUGUUCAGCUCCUCCACUCCGUCCUCACCAUGCUCACCAAACACGCACAGCUCAGGAAGUUUGUCAUCUUGGGUGAUGUCCGUCAGCUGCCCAGUAUCCAGCCAGGAAACACCUUGUAUGACCUGUUCCACAGUCUGGGCCGAGCCCACUGGGCCAUCGAGAUGAGGACCAAUCACAGAGCUGAGUCUCAACUCAUCGUCAACAACGCAGGACAAAUCGCAGAGAUGGGAUUGACUCAUAGUUUCCGACCGCUCCACUACGACGCCAUCUUGGAUCUGAAUGGGAGUUACACCAUGCCCUCUGAAGACAAGAGGUUCAUCCUCAUCCUGCUGCCCAACACCAGCGAGGACUCUAACUAUGACCUCCAGAUGGCCAUCCAACUGUUAUUGAAAGCUGCUCCAGGACUGAAGAAUGAUGCCACGUCACAGUUCAUUGCCUUCAGAAGGACGGAGUGUGCCUUGAUCAAUGAGCUUUGCUGCAAACAUUACUGCAACCACUGCACCAAAAACCACAAGAACCGACUAGAGUUCCAGCCGGGAGAUAAAGUCUGCUGUACAAAGAACGGCUAUGUCACAGACAGGAGCAAGGAAGGGUCUCCUGAAGAAGAGGACUUGGAGAACAGCUACGUAUCUGACAGGGCCAGGACCAAGCAGAGACUUCCUGGACUGGACGGAGAGGAGAGACGGAACGGGGACACACAGAGACUUCCUGGACUGGACGGAGAGGAGAGACGGAGAAGGAACGGGGACACACAGAGCAAUGGAAGUGGUGACAAAAUGAAAAGCAAAGAGAAGAAUAAAGAGCGACUGUGUAACGGAGAGAUAUUCUUUAUUAAACAUGACGUGACAGUGGAGGAGGCGGGCUCACAGCGGAGCAGGAAGCAGAGGUACUUGACUCUGGAUGAUCGUGACGGACGGGUGCUGUGUGUUUCCUUUAGGGAGCUGCAGAGAGAAUGUAAACUGCAACACGCCUGGGCUAGGACCAUACACACCUUCCAGGGGUCGGAGACCGAGACGAUUGUGUACGUGCUGGGUGACGGUAGCGUCCAGACGUGGAAACACGUGUACACGGCUGUGACACGGGGACAGAAGCGUGUAUAUGUCAUAGCCAAGAAGGAGGGCAUGGCCUCGGCUAUCAAGAGACGCAUCAUCCCACGUGACACCCGGCUGGAAAUCCUGGUCAAAGAGAUGCUGGUCCAGCCUGGGGCUGAGGGGCAGGACCAACCAGACCAGAACCAAACCCAGCCGGGCACACCUCGCAGGGCAGCCCCAGGCUUCGGGCCUACACAGACCACUCCUCUGGCCUCACAGACACCUAGCUGCUCUCUAAGGACCGCCUACAGAAUCCCUGUAGCAGCACCCAGACUCCUCUCUACACCCAUCCGAGCAGUCCCACUACACGCCAGUGGUGUCCAGUCCCUCUCGACGUCGGUCCUGUCCAGGCAGCUGUGGAGAAAUGAGCCUCCAACAGCUCCUCAGGCAGAUGCUACAGACACCUCUCCAAUGGACGACAUCACUUUCAGUCGGGCGUAUACCUGGUCGCCUAUGAACAGCAGCUCUGAGGACCCCUCUCAGGAUCAGCCUGGGUCGUGUGAGGAGGAGAAGGAAAUCAAGAUGGAGGCUAGCAGCAGCGCUGUAGAGGAUGGAGACAUGGGGAAGGGUUCACAUUUAGCUGCUCUGCCUGGGGUUGGAGGCACCCCUUCCAAGAGGAUGCGCGGUCCUGACAGCGAGGAACAGAAUGUAACUCCUUCUAAACAGAUCAAGGUGGAGCCGUUCGAUUCACCGCUGGGCUGUUCCAGACUGCAGCAGCUCUCCCUCUGCACGCCCACUUGCACCUUCCACGGCAAACGGCUUUUCCAAGGUCCACCCUCCGAUCAGGACUGAACACCUUCUCUCCUUGACGCAGGACAUCUUAUGAUUGAUGGCCACUACUGCAUUGAUAGCAGGAUAUUUUAAUCAAAUCAUAUUUUAUACGUCAUAUGCACGGAAUACAACAAGACCUUACCAUGAAAUGCUUACUUACAAGCCCUUAACCAACAAUGCAAUUUUAAUGAAAAUAAGAGUUAAGAAUGAUAUUUACUAAAUAAACUGAAGUUUUUUUUUUUAAGUAACACAAUAAUGAGGCUAUAUACAGGGGUACCGGUACCGAGACAAUGUGCGGGGGGUAGAGGUUAGUCGAGGUAAUUGAGGUAGGAAGGGGUGAAGUGACUAUGCAUAGAUAAUAAUGAAUAGAGAGUAGCAGUAGUGUACAUGUAGGUAGAGGUGAAGUGACUAUGUAUAGAUAAUAAUGAACAGAGAGUAGCUGUAGUGUACAUGUAGGUAGAGGUGAAGUGACUAUGCAUAGAUAAUAAUGAAUAGAGAGUAUCAGUAGUGUACAUGUAGGUAGGGGUAAAGUGACUAUGCAUAGAUAAUAAUGAAUAGAGAGUAGCAGCAGUGUGGGGGGGGGGGGGGUAAUGUAAAUAGUCUGGUGGCCAUUUUGAGGAACUGCUCAGCACUCUUAUGGCUUCGGGGUGGAAGCUGUUAAGGAGCCUUUUGGACUUGGCGCUCUGGUACCGCUCGCCGUGCGGUAGCAGAGAGAACAGUCUAUGACUAGGGUGGCUGGUGUCUGACAAUUUUUAGGGCCUUCCCACUGGCACCGCCUGGUAUAGAGUUCCUGGAUGGUAGGAAGCUUGGCCCCAGUGAUGUCCUGGGCCGUACGCACUAUCCUCUGUGGCGCCUUGCAGUCGGAAUCCCCUCCGGCGCCAUUAGACAGGAAACUCUCUGCAUUUUUAUCUGUUUAUUUUAAAGUCAUGUUUUAAUUGCUAUACAUCUUGGCUUGUAUCAUUUUAUUGAUCAAAGGUAAGUGCCUCAGAUGAGAUUGUGAUCAUUUCAUCAGUUGGUUGCAGAUUGAGAGGCUGAGAUAUUGACAGGAGAAAAUCACCUCAGUCCUGUUGUUUUUUCCCACUCUGUAAAUCACCUCAGCCAUGUUGUUAUCCCACUCUGUAAAUCACCUCAGCCAUGUUGUUAUCCCACUCUGUAAAUCACCUCAGCCAUGUUGUUUCCCUCUCUGUAAAUCACCUCAGCC